AUGAGGGUAUGCAAAUGUUGCGUUUGUUAUCGAUUCUUCAAUAGCCGAUUACCAUUGAAACAACAUUUGCUUCUACGUUGUAUUAGGAUAAUGUUACCGAGAAACGAUCGUCCUCCUUCGAGUAAAGAUAUAAAAUGUCAUUCCAAUAUAAAGGGAAACAAGUGCAAGAGAUCUGCGUUAAAAAUCUUGCUACGAUCACAAUCGACGGAACAUCAAAACGAUCGAAAGGGAAGAGAAACGGAACAUCAAGAGAUUGAUGAUAGUAAUCGAGAAAAUCCAAAGGAAAAUUUACAUGUUAGUAACAUCGAGAAUCUGACAAAUCAAAUUAACGAAAGCAAAGAAAAUAUUGUCGGUGAUCUUGGAAAAAUAAAUGAUCAGCAAGAAGAUCAGACAGUCUCCGUUGAAUUAACGAACCCAUUGGAAUGUAAUAAUACGGAAGAUUCUCCUUCUAAAAAUAAUGAUUUGAUAGAAGAACCAAUACCGGUUACUCCGACGUAUACUGCCGGCGAAUUUACCAUUUCUAAUACUAACGAGGAUGAGCAAAUUGAUUUCAUUUUGCAUGGAAAUGUGAUACAAGUGGGUGAUAGUUAUAAUAAUGAGUCUAUACCGGAAAUAGAUGCUACAGUAAAUAAGAAGAAAUAUCCAUUUUCGAUUUGUGAGACGCAGUUCCAAAAACCAGAAAAUUUGUUUCAACACGUACGUACCUAUGAUUACUCCUUCAAUAAUUUCUGCGAAAUAUGUGGAUUAUUCUUUUCAAGUAAAAAGAUAUUGAGGACUCACAAUAAUACUGCUCACAAUUUUGCCAUCUGUAGUUGGUACACAUUGCAUUGUCAAUUUUGUAAUCAACGCUUUCGUACUGAAAAUAAUCUUCGAAUACACGAAUUGCAUUAUCAUACAAGUGCAAUAAGUGUAAACAACAUAACAUUGACGGAGAUUUUGAAAGUUCUCAACGGUGGCACUAGUCCAUCCUUACCAACGGUUUGCGAUAUUUGUGGCCUAUGUUUUAAUACCUAUAAACGUUAUGAGUUGCAUUCAAUGUAUUUUUAUGAAGAUCAUAUAUUCCAAUGUACGUUUUGUGUUAAUAUAUUCCACGGAUUGAACAUGAUACAUCAUCAUAACAAACUGUUCCAUUAUCCUAGAAAUAGUUCAACAUCUUAUAAAUAUAAAUGUUCGAUUUGUUGCGAAGAUUUUGCUAUUGAAUCAUAUUUUCUUGCACAUAAAUUGCACGUGCAUUCGAAUAAAGAACAUGUAGAAUCAUCGAUUUCGAAUCUCUCAUUGAUUCCUAUGCAUUAUAAUAAAAUGAGUAAGUCCUACCUAUGUUCCAAAUGUAAUAUUGAAUUCUAUAGCGUAGUCGAACUUUUAAUACACAUUGAAUACUAUUCUAAUCGUGGCAAUUAUCUGUGCUCAAAAUGUCCUAGAAAAUGUUGUACGUUGUCAAUAUUAAGCAAACAUAUUAAUUUAACUCAUAGCGAUAACGAAUUGAUAUUUGGACAUAAGUGUGGUAUUUGUGGCGAAAUUUUAUUGUCUGAUAUUUCGUUCUUGUUUCAUAAAAAUCACCUCCAUAUUGAUGACGUGGAAAAUCAGCAAGUCGUUUCCUCCUCUUAUAAAUCUUAG